CAGCACGAACCCCCUCCGGAUGUAGCGCUCAAAAGUGCGUCCCAUUUGUAAAGCAGCUGCUUCAUCUUGAUGUUCUUCUUUAUCAAUAGCUACCACAACGAUUUCCCUUUUUCAAACACGCGCGCUCUCUUUCUCCCGGAUUCAUCGAUUUCCUGGAGCGUGACGUCCCGGCCAUCUAGAAUCACAACAACAAGCUGACUUCUGCCCCAUGGGACCGUUUACAUCCUUAGUCGACGCUUUACCGGACACAGACUAGUUUACAGACUAUACUUUAACACAAAGUUUGCUCAAAAUAAUAGCCUCUUACAUAGGCUUCAUUUUCUUUACUAGAUUUUGCGGGACGCGAUGGAAGAAGAGCCUCAUGGCAGGAUAUCGGUGAAUAAAUACCAACCGACGGAGUUGAAAGUCAAAGAAGAAGAGGACCAUGGCGAUUUCAGUUAUCAAAGGCCAGGAGGGAGCCCAAACUCACACUCCGACGGUGGGAAGACUUCCUCAGAGUCAGGGGAAUCAGACAGAGAGCUGCCCAAAUCAGACAGACCGCACACCUGCUCUCUGUGCGGAAAGGGAUUUUCCCAAUUGGGACAUCUGAAAUUACACAAUAAAACGCAUACAGGAGAGAAACGCUAUGGCUGUAUUCAAUGCGGGAAGAGUUUCGGAAGGUCAGACUAUUUUAAAAAACACGCGAAAAUUCACAGUGUAGAGAAACCAUACACAUGCUCUGUGUGCGGCAAGGUAUUUGCUAGGUCAGACAUCUUAACCAUACACAAGAGAGUUCACACUUCAGAGAGGGUGCAGCAUCCCACCAAAGAGAAACUCUAUCCCUGUUCUCAGUGCGGAAAGCGGUUCUCUCAAUUGGGAAACCUCAAAUCGCAUGAGAGCGCUGUGCAUGCAGGAAAGAAGCCUUUCAACUGUCCUGAAUGCGGAAAGGGGUUCUCACAUUUUGGUAACAUGCAAAAACACCAGCGUGUGCACACUGGAGAGAAACCAUACAUGUGCCCUGAUUGUGGGACAGGUUUUUCCAGAUCACAUCACCUCAAAACACAUCAGCAAAUUCAUAAAGGGGAGAAGCCUCACUUAUGCACUGAAUGUGGGAAGGGUUUUGCUAGGGCAGACUCUUUAACGGCACAUCAGCGAGUGCACAGGCUAGACAACAAGCCGUACGGCUGUUCUGACUGUGGCAAAGCCUUCUCUUCAUUUGGAAACUUAACACAGCAUCAGAGAAUUCACACCGGAGAGAAACCAUAUCAGUGCUCUCAGUGUGAGAGAAGCUUUGCUUUUUCAACAGAUUUGAAAAAUCAUCAGAGGAGACACACUGGAAUGAAACCAUACUAUUGCUCGGACUGUGGGAGAAGUUUCACAACGGCAUCUUCCCUAAAAUCACACCAGAAAAUUCACAAAUUAUAAAAGUCAUGGUCUCCGUGUGGUAGUAAUGUCUCUCUACAUUGUCAAACACUAGCAAAAUACUCAGCUGUCAAAAUGCUGCCGAUGGGGAAACCUUGAGGCUCACAUAUUUCUUAGGAAUACUAUAGGCACAAUAUUCUCAUGGUUUAAUCCUUGGUUUAAAAACAGCAUAGGAAUUCAAUGUUUUGUUUUUAAUACAGUGAUUUUGGUUAAUUGGAUGGUUAUUUUUACACUGAAACUCCCUGAAUUGUUUUUACCCAGAAAUCUCUUUAAUGUUUGAAUGUGUUUACUACAUAGCUCCAGUUGUGUGAAUUUUAUUCUAUAUAUGUUGAUAAUGACAAGCAAAAAAACAUGACUAUAGGGAACCAGAAUCUCCUGCAAAUUAUGUUAACUUUUUGUUGUAUAACCUGCAUUUGUCAUAAGAGGGUCAGGACACAUUACAUUGCAAUCACAAAACAUAUGCAAUGUCAUAAGUUAUAUUGACAAUAAACUUUAGUUGCAAACUCAUUUGAAGCAUUUAUGCUUUAAUUUAGUCCUCUGACUAGUUCAGUUGGUAGAGAUAAGAGUGUCUGCUAAAUGGCAUACUGACCGGCUGCAUCACUGCUUGGUAUGGCAAUAGCACCCCCCUCGAUCGCCUGGCGCUACAAAGGGUUGUGCCGACAGCUAAGUACAUCCACUGGGGCUGAGCUCCCUGCCAUCUAGGACCUCUAUCAGGUGGUUGACUUGACAGCUCAUGCAGUUUUAGUGUUCUGAUUACAGAGUUCUGAUCAUGGAACACCAUGUGUCUACACCUACACAGUUGCCACGUAAAAAUAAAAAAAUGAUAGAGAUGGAAUUCCCGGCACAAAUAUUUUACAAAAUGUUUAGAUUUAGGCUAUAAAAAUGGAUUUUAUCAAAGAAAACAGCACUUCAUUUGAUCAAUGGGAUACUCAGGAAGAGAAAUAAGAGCAAGAUAUCAGAAUGUAAGUCAUAAUUUUACCUUCAGAUGUGGAAGUCUAAAAACUGUCAUGGCAGAAAAUGUUUCUGUUCUUGAUUGCUCUUCUCAAACAAAAGCAUGGGAUUUGUUCUCUGUAAUAGCUAUUUUAAAUUGGAAAACGUAGUUUGAUUACCAAGAUUCUAAUCUUUUGAAGGGUGUAAGACACUUACAUUAAACAUUCUUGAAAAUGCAUUUUUAGUUGUCACUCUGAAAUUUCCCCUGAUGUUGGUCCCUGUACGGGACAGCAGCCAUAACAGGUUUUAAUCACAUUUUUUGGAAAGCUGAGUUCAAUUUCACUAGCCACACCCAGACUUGAUUACUGCCAGACCUGUUGAAUCAAGAAAUCACUUAUAAAUAGAACCUGUCUGACAAAGUGAAGUAGGCCAAAAUAUCUCAAAAAGCAAGACCUCAUGCCGCGAUCCAAAGAAAUUCAGGAACAGAUGAGAAUCAGUCUGUAAAGGGUUACAAAGCUAUUUCUAAUGCUUUGGGACUCCAGUGAGCCACGGUGAGAGCCAUUAUCCACAAAUGGAGAAAAUUUGGAACAGUGGUGAACCUUCCCAGGAGUGGCCGGCCUACCAAAAUUACCCCAAGAGUGCAGCGACGACUUAUCCAAGAGGUCACAAAAGAACCCACAACAACAUCUGAAGAAGUGCAGGCCUCACUUGCUUCAGUUAAGGUCAGUGUUCAUGACUCAACCAUAAGAAAGAGACUGGGCAAAAAUGGCAUCCAUGGCAGAGUUCCAAGUCGAAAACUACUGCUGACCAAAAAGAACAAAGGCUCGUCUCUCUUUUGGCAAGAAACAUCUUGAUGAUUCCCAAGACUUUUGGGGAAAUAUUCUGUGGACUGACGAGACAAAAGUUGAACUUUUUGGAAGGUGUGCAUCCCGUUACAUCUGGCGUAAAAGUAACACAGCAUUUCAGAAAAAGAACGUCAUACCAAAAGUCAAACGUGGUGGUAGUGUGAUGGUCUGGGGCUGCUUCAAGACCUGGAUGACUUGCUGUGAUUGAGGGACCAUGAAUUCUGCUCUCUAAAAAACAAUUCUGAAGGAGAAUGUCCGGCCAUCAGUUUGUGACCUCAAGCUGAAGCGCACUUGGGUUCUACAGCAGGACAAUGAUCCAAAACACACUGGCAAGUCCACCUCCUAAAUGGCUUUUACAUUUUUUUUUAAAAGGUUUUGGAGUGGCCUAAUCAAAGUCUGGACUUGAAUCUGAUUGAGAUGCUGUGGGGUGACCUUAAAACGGCAGUUCAUGCUCUCAAACCCUCCAAUGUGACUGAAUUAAAACAAUUCUGCAAAGAAGAGUGGGCCAAAAUUCAUCCACGGUGAUGUGAAAGACUCAUUGCCAGUUAUUGCAAACACUUGAUUGCAGUUGUUGCUGCUGAGGGUGGCACAACCAGUUAUUAGGUAUAGGGGGCAAUUACUUUUUCACAUAGGGCCAAGAAGGUUCGGAUAGCUUUUUUUCACUUAAUAAAUAAAAUGAUCACUUAAGUGCAUUUUGUGUUUACUUGGGUUAUCUUUGUGUAAUAUUAAAAUGUCUUUUUCACGGCACUGUACGUACUACCAAAUUGUCUAAAAUGACAUUGGAGGUGACUUAAUGUAAAGAAAUGAACUUUCAAUUCUGUGGCAACCGCUCCGGUGGAUGGUCCUACAGUCAGCAUACCAAUUGCAUGCUCCCUCAACUUUUUAUUUAUUUUUAGUGUGUAGAUCAGCUUUAAUAUUGCAGAUUGUAGCUUUGAUCAGCGCAAUUGUCUGUAUUAUUUCCAAUCCCCCAUAUUUUUUUGCAAAUAUAUACAGUACCAGUCAAAAGUUUGGACACACCUACUCAUUUUUUGGAUUUUUCUUUUAUUUUGACUAUUUUCUACAAUGUAGAAUAAUAGUGAAUACAUCCAAACUAUGAAAUAACGGAUAUAGAAUCAUGUAGUAACCAAAAAAUGUGUUAAAAAUAUAUAUAUAUAUUUGAGAUUAUUCAUAGUAGCAACCCUUUGCCUUGACAGCUUUGCACACUCUUGGCAUUCUCUCAACCAGUUUCAUGAGGUACUCAUCUGGAAUGCAUUUCAAUUAACAGGUAUGCCUUGUUAGAAGUUAAUUUGUGAAAUUUCUUUCCUUCUUAAUGUGUUUGAGCCAAUCCAGUUGUCAGAUGACCUGGCCUCCACAAUCACUCGACCUCAACCCAAUUGAGAUGGUUUGGAAUGACUUGGACCGCAGAGGGAAGACAAAGCAGCCAACAAGUGCUCAGCAUGUCGGAACUCCUUCAAGACUGUUGGAAAAGCAUUCUAGGUGAAGCUGGUUGAGAGAAUGCCAGGAGUGUGCAAAGCUGUCAAGGCAAAGGGUGGCUCCUUUGAUGAAUUUAAAAUAUCAGAUUUGUUUAAACACUAUUAUUCUACAAUUUAGAAAAUAGUAAAAAUAAAGAAAAUCCCUUGAAUGAGUAGAUGUGUCAACUUUUGCCUGGUACUGUAAAAAACAAGUCACUAGGUGUAGGCAAGGCCAUAAGCAAAUAGGUAAAAUGGUAUUAUGGUGAUUUUCCUUUCCACGGUAGCAAGAGCUUAUCUAUUUUUGCCAAAUUUCUAUUAAAAUGUAUUGUAACGAGAAUGUAUUUCUUUCAGGUUAUGAAUACUGAGGAGGCCUAUGUCCACUUCACCGUCAGAAUACAGUCAGAAAAGUUUUUGGGGGAUCCAAUAUGUAAUAUAGUACACUUAUCAUAAUUUGGUUGUAAUCCAGAGAGGUUAGAAAAAGUAUCUAGAUCAUCUAUGAGGCUGUGGAGGGAUCCAAAUUGUGGAUUUGAAAGAAAAUAUGAAUCUGCGUACAAUGACACAUUUUGUUUUCAAACCCUUGAUUUCUAGGCCCUUGAUAUUGUUGGAUCUGAUUUUAAUAGUUAGCAAUUCGAUGUCCGUAAUAAUAAUUAGAUAUGCUGAUAGUGGACAACCUUGUUUUACUCCUCUUGGCAGUUUAAAACUUUCUGAGAAGUAGCCAUAAUUUACUAUUUUACACCUAGGGUUAUUAUACAUACAGUUGAAGUUGGAAGUUUACAUAUACCUUAGCCAAAUUUAAACUCAGUUUUUAACAAAACAUUUCAGUUAAGAUCACCACUUUAUUUUAAGAAUGUGAAAUGUCAGAAUAAUAGUAGAGAAUUAUUUAUUUCAGCUUUUAUUUCUUUCAUCACAUUCCCAGUGGGUCAGAAGUUUACAUGCACUCAAUUAGUAUUUGGUAGCAUUGCCUUUACAUUGUUUAAAUUGGGUCAAACGUUUCGGGUAGCCUUCCACAAGCUCCCCACAAUAAGUUGGGUGAACUUUGGCCCAUUCCUCCUGACAGAGCUGGUGUAACUGAGUCAGGUUUAUCGGCCUCCUUGCUCGCACACGCUUUUUCAGUUCUGCCCACACAUUUUCUAUGGGAUUGUGGUCAUGGCUUAGUGAUGGCCACUCCAAUACCUUGACUUUGUUGUCCUUAAGCCAUUUUGCCACAACUUUGGAAGUAUGCUUGGAGUUAUUGUCCAUUUGGAAGACCCAUUUGCGACCAAGCUUUAACUUCUUGACUGAUGUCUUGAGAUGUUGCUUCAACAUAUCCACAUAUUCUUCCCUACUCAUGAUGCCAUCUAUUUUGUGAAGUGCACCAGUCCCUCCUGCAGCAAAGCACCCCCACAACAUGAUGUUGCCACCCCUGUGCUUCACGGUUGGAAUGGUGUUCUUCUGCUUGCAAGCCUUCCCCUUUUUCCUCCAAACAUACCGAUGGUCAUUAUGGCCAAACAGAUCUAUUUUUGUUUCAUCAGACCAGAGAACAUUUCUCCAAAAAGUACGAUAUUUGUCCCCAUGUGCAGUUGCGAACCGUAGUCUGGCUUUUUAUGGCGGUUUUGGAGCAGUGGCUUCUUCCUUGCUGAGCGGCCUUUCAGGUUAUGUCGAUAUAGGACUCGUCUUACUGUGGAUAUAGAUACUUUUGUACCCGUUUCCUCCAGAAUUUUCACAAGGUCCUUUGCUGUUGUUCUGGGAUUGAUUUGCACUUUUCGCACCAAAGUACGUUUAUCUCUAGGAGACAGAACACGUCUCCUUCCUGAGCGGUAUGACGGCAGCGUGGUCCCAUGGUGUUUAUACUUGUGUACUAUUGUUUGUACAGAUGAACGUGGUACCUUCAGUCGUUUGGAAAUUGCUCCCAAGGAUGAACCAGACUUCUGGAGGUCUAAUAAAAAGAUUCUGAGGUCUUGGCUGAUUUCUUUUGAUUUUCCCAUGACGUCAAGCAAAGAGGCACUGAGUUUGAAGGUUGGCCUUGAAAUACAUCCACAGGUACACCUCCAAUUGACUCAAAUGAUGUCAAUUAGCCAAUCGGAAACUUGAAUUUUCCAAGCUGUUUAAAGGCACAGUCAACUUAGUGUAUGUAAACUUCCGACUUCAACUGUAAAUUUAACCGAUUGUAUAAGAGAUUCUCUAAUAUUGAAAUAUUCCAGGCAUUUAUUUAUAAAUUCCAUUCGUACUUUAUCAAAAGCCUUUUCAAAGACAGCUAUGAAUACCAGGCCUGGUUUUUCAAAGUGUUCUAUUGUUUCCAGUACUUGUCUUAUAUUAUCUGCAAUGUAUCAUCCAUGUAAAAAAAUUAGGAUAAACAAUAUCAGAUAAUAGUAUUUUAAUUAUAUGCUAGUUUGCUUUAUUUUUAUAAUAUAUUACACUUGAUCUUUCUUGUGUAAGUUCCUCCAUUUCUUUUUGUAUUUCUUCUAAUGUAUUCUGUACCUCUAUGGUACUGUUUUUAUUGCUUUCUGUACUGCUAGUCCCUCUAUUUCCUUUCUUAAUAUGGAUUAUUUUGACUUAAAUUGCCUCUAAAGGCACAUUUUAAAAGAGUCCCAUACAACAAGGGGAUCUGCUGUACCUAUGUUAUGUAGGAAAAAGUCAGUUAUGAAUUAUUCUGUCCUGGUUAUUCUGUCCUGGUUAAAAACAAGAUGUCAUCCAAUAGGCUUUGAUUAAAUGUCCAAUAUCCUCGCCCAUGUGGAAAUUUUGUAAGAGUGACGUAUUAAGCCAAUGUUUUGAUGGCCUGACCACCAAUUGCACGCUCCCUCAAAACUUUAAGACAUCUGUGGCAUUGUGUUUUGUGAGAACUGCACAUUUUAGUGUGGCCUUUUAUUGUCCCUAGCACAAAGUUCACCUGUGUAAUGACCAUGCUGUUAAAUCAGUUUCUUUUUAUGCCACAUGUUAGGUGGAUGGAUUAUUUUGGAAAAUGAGAGAUGCUCACUAACAGGGAUAUUAACAUUUGUGCACAACAUUUGAGAGAAACGUUUUGUGCAUAUGGGAAAUUAAUGGGAUAUUGUAUUUCUGCUCAUGAAACAUGGGAGUAACACUUUAAAUGUUGUGUUUAUAGUUCAGUAUAUGCUUAAGAAUGUUCAAACUAGUUUUCAUUUGGAAGGUAAAUAAAGUGUUUUUAUCAAAGCAAUCACUUUUGCAUGUGAAAACACAGAAUUCUA